AUGGAACUUAUUGACGUUAUAUGUCUGGAUCGAUUUAUUAAUGUUGCUAAUAUACUUUACCCAGAAGGAGUCCUCGUAAUCGGAGGUCAAGAAAUCCUAAACCAGUCACCGGUAUGGAGAACUUUUAUCGAUAAGUUCCUCUGCGUCCGCAGUUAUCUUAUUGGAUUUUACAACUGGUCAGAAGAGUACGUACAGCAACUUGUGGCAAGAUCAUACCUCGCUCAAAAAAAUAGGCAUCGCUAA